GCAAAUUCCAAGGCAAAGCGAUCAGAACACAUACAACAGUAUCUCAACAACCAAGAGUACCGCGACUCCAAGGAAGCUAAACAGAACGAGUAUAUCAGAAUUACACAGAACAUUGGCAACUGCAAACAGAUUCAUCGCCUAAACAAUUGCAUCUUGCAAACAAGAUGGUCAGGUCGACUCAUCUGGGAGACCCACGAGCCAUUGGUGGCCAAGGACGAUGGCGUACCAGGAGUAUGCGCUUCCUGUGACAGCGUCUUUACACGCAAGUUCUGGUGGCGCCGGAAGCAGGCUGACGAGAAAUCCAUUGGCAAGAUGGACAAGAAGCCUGGUGAACUGGUUCUCGACUGCCAUAGUUGUUUCUGUAACAUGGACUGGGAGAAAGCCUUACCUUUGGGCUACAAAGGGUAUGUAUUUGGCCGUGGAAAAAGUCUCAGGCAGCCAGUUANNGGGGAGAACUAUCCUCCAUCUUCUCCGCCU